GUGGAAAAUAAAUAGAAAGCAAGAGAUCUUGAUCGACGCCUGUUCAGAAACACUUGAAGCAGACACGCUCAGCCCUCCAUCUCUCCUCCUGUUCCUUCGCUGCAAAAGCAUCAGCUCGAAACCCCAGAACCCCUGUACAAUGGCGUCCAAUCCUCCCGCAAAAUGCUGCACCAUUGGUGUCAAGCACGAAGGUGAAACCACAGGCCAAUCCAUCAAAGUAGCCAACAAGCAUGACGCCUACCUCGCUACGCCCACCGCCGACAAGGCCCACAAGGGUGCUGGCAUCCUCCUUAUCCCCGACGUCAUCGGUAUUUGGAAAAACAGCAAGUUGAUCGCCGACCAGUUUGCUGCCAAUGGAUACUUGACCUUGUUGAUCGACGUGUUCAAUGGCGACGCGCUGCCCCUGAACCGCUCAGGGCCCUUCGACUUCAACGCGUGGUUGACCAAGGGCUCUGAUGGAAACAACCCUCACACAAAGGAGGCUGUCGAUCCUAUUGUUGAAGAUGCGAUCAAGGCACUCAAGGAAGAAUAUGGGGUGGAGAAUCUGGGGGCUGUUGGGUAUUGCUUCGGUGCCAAGUAUGUCGUCAGACAUUACAAGGAUGGCAUCAAGGUCGGUUAUGCUGCCCACCCCUCGUUUGUCGAGGAGGACGAGUUGGCUGCUAUUCAGGGCCCUUUCAGCAUUGCUGCGGCCGAAACUGACUCCAUCUUCCCUGCCGAGAAGCGCCACAGGAGCGAGGAGAUUCUGCAGAAGACCGGUCAACCGUACCAGAUCAACCUCUACUCUGGCGUUGAACAUGGCUUUGCUGUCAGAGGGGACCCGAACAAGAAGGCGACGAGGUAUGCCAAGGAGCAAGCCUUCUUGCAGGCAGUCACCUGGUUUGACAACUACUUGCUCUAGAUGAAGUCAGAUUAUGUUGUAGCCAAAGCCUGUAUGAUGACCUGUCACAAUACACCUUUAAGGUGUCAGAGUAAACACAUCUCACAACUAAACCACAACUUUUGAUGUAUUAAUAAA